CACCCCCUCCCAAUCCCCUCCCCUCUCCUCUCCUCGUACGCCGGGAACAGAGACCAUGCGCCAGCUGCUUGGUUACACAGGCUUUGACUCGAGCUCUGGGAGCGCGGGCAUGGCGUGGGCAGGAGGCUUUGUGGGCUUUGGACUCUUGUUCGUCCUCGUCCUUGUCGGUCAGCACCUGCACCCGGCUUCCCCCUCGCGAGUCCUUGUCGGCUACGCUACAGGCAUGGUGGGCGUGCUUGCUAUCGGCCUGGCUGCUGCGGGAGUGACGCAUGGCUCGUAUCCGGAUGAAGCUAACAACUCGGCUGGGUGGGCGGUCUUCUGGAGGCUGGCCACGGUGUGUGUUGGCUCGGCUGGCGCAGCUGCUCUUCCACUCGCGAGUCACCUCGUCUGGCCGUUCCCGCCUAUCUCGCUCUCUGCCCGCCCGUUCUCUGCUCCGCUCCGUGCAUGGCUCCCGCUGGCGGCGGCGGGUCUUGUGGCGGUUGUCCAUGGCGUGGCCCAGAUGGUGGAUCCCAUGGCGGGCGUCGCGGGUGCGGUGCUCCUCGUUGGGGCCGCCGCCCUCGCAGCUGCUGCGGUAUGGUCGCUCGUGGCUCCGCUGUGCUGUCCUCGCCUAGCGCCAGGCUUCCACUGCUGGCUCCGGGUGAGUCCGCUGCUUGCCGUGGCGCUGUGGAUGAUGGCCGGCACGAUUUUCCGCGCCGUACUGCAGGCCGACUGCGACGGCGAGGUCGCAGACGACUGCCCGCUCUCUGCGUCGUUCAACCACAAUGCGCUCGCAUACCUCUUCCUUCUCCUUGCCGAGCUCUCGCUCGUCCCACUUGCAGUUGUCCUCUACCUCCAGCGCGCCCCCAUCGUCUGGGUCUCCGGCGCCGACGCCGGCGUGCCGUUCAAGCCCAAGCGGGCGCGCCGUUCGCGAGCAAGCUCCUCCUCCGACCUAUCCUCCAACGAGUCCUCGUCCGACGAAACAUCGUACUUGGCAUCCAACGACAGCGCCCUUUGGUGAUGACGACAACAACACCAACGCUGGUCGUGCUGCGCCACCUUUGAGCGUCGUAAACAUGCAAAACAAGGCACACAGCCCAAAUGGAAGAAA